AUGUUACUGUCAGACAACAACAGCACAACACAAGUCACUUCAACACAACAACAGACAACAACAACACAAUACAAGUCACUUCAACACAACAACAGACAACAACAACACAAUACAAGUCACUUCAACACAACAACAGACAACAACACAAUACAAGUCACUUCAACACAACAACAGACAACAACAACACAACACAAGUCACUUCAACACAACACAAGUCACUUCAGCAACAAACAACACGUCACAACACAACAACAGACACAACACACAAGCACUUCAAACACAACAACAGACAACAACAACACAACACAAGUCACUUCAACACAACACAAGUCACUUCAGCACAACAGACACACAACACAAGUCACUUCAACACAACAGCAACACACAAGUCACUUCAACACAACAACACGACACAAGUCACUUCAACACAACAGCAACACAACACAAGUCACUUCAACACAACAGCAACACAACACAAGUCACUUCAACACAACAACACAACACAAGUCACUUCAACACAACAACACAACACAAGUCACUUCGACACAACAACACAACAAGUCACUUCAACACAACAACAGACAACAACAACACAGCACAAGUCACUUCAACACAACAACAGACUUCUCUGAGAUGAUCUAA